AUGGUGCCAACUGUAAAACGCUGGGGCGCGGCUCCCGGCGCGGUGAGGAACCUCGCGGCGGCCAACUCGAGCGCCUUCUCGGUGCGCGUGAGCUGGGAGCCGCCGCGGCCCGACUGCGCGCGCGGCUACUCGGUGCGCUGGUGUCCCUACCGGGAGGGAGACCGCUCCUGCGACACGGCGGCCUCAUCCACGCACAUGGCGAGCCUGCCCGCGGGGGCCGCCGGCUACCUGGUGCCCGGCCUCAAGAACUGCAAGCCCUACCUGGUGGCGGUGAGCGCAGUCGGCCGCGCGGGCGGCGAGUCGCAACCCGCCUACGUGCGCGCCGGGGCCGGAUACACCGCCGAGGGAGAGCCCAUACAGAACCUCCGGCUGUGGAGCGUGGGCAGCCAGGGGGCGCGCGUGUCCUGGGACAUCCCCAGGAGCACGGAGUACUGCGUGACGGAGUGCCGGGCCUGCCUGGAGGAGCACUACGAGACGGGCGGCGGCCAGCCCCUCAGCUGCUCCACGCAGCUCAGCUCCAAGGGCUACUGGUCCAACGACUACGACCUGCAGCCCUGCACCUUGUACACCCUCACCUUGAUGCCGCACGACGCCGACGGCAGCUGGAUGAACAACUACACCAUCUCCUUCACCACCGGUUCGAGCGAGGUCCGCUCGGUCUCGGUGACGGAGAAGACGACGCUGGUCCCCGAGGUCAGCUGGACCGCUCCUCUCAGCAGGACCUGUCUCCAGUGGUACCGGGUCUGCUGGAAGCCCUCGGGCGGAGGGGCAGACUCGGCGGAGACCUGCGGCACGGCCCCGGCGGGCUCAAGGGCGCUCAACAUGACGGGCGUCGUUGGCUGCACCGGCUACGACGUCGCGGUGACUGCCGUCGGCGCCAUCGACGGCAUCAACGGCACCUCCGACGAGUCCAACACCACCUUCACCACGGGCUUCGCAGAUCCAGGACCGUUGUCCGACCUGAAGUGCACGGUGACGUCGUCCAACUCGAUCCGCGUGCAGUGGGACGCCCCGGCGAAGAACGUUGCCUGCAUCGACGACUACGAGGUGUGCCUGAAGACGGAGUCCAGGGAAAUGGGCCCGACCUGCGACCUGGUGCCCAGGGGGCAGCUGUCGUGGGCCAGCGACCCAGGGCUGCAGGCGUGCGCGGCCCACGUGGUCAGCGUGGCCUACCGGCACCAGGAGUCUGAGGUGGACAGGACCUCGGCGACGGUGCGCACAGGUCCAGGGGCGGUGGAGGAUCUGACCCUGACCGGCAGCACGGGGACCUCCGUGCUGGUCUCCUGGAGGAACCCGCUGGCCAAUGCCGAGUGCGCAGAGGAGGUGGUGGUCUCGUGGCGCCCCCAAGAUGCCGACGCCCAGCAGCCGGGGGGUUGGAACUCGACCAGGGUGCCGGCCUCCAGGACGGAGUUCAAUAUCACCGGGCUGGCCCCGUGCUCCAACUACAGCGUCUCCGUCAUGGUCACUGCUGCUGGGAGCAUUCGGUCGACGUCCGAGACGAUACUGGCCCCAACCUUGAAUGAACGUGCUGGCUCCGCGCGCGACGUACGGCUGCAGAUGGAGGGGUCGACGGCGAUGGUGCGCUGGCGGGCUCCUACCCAGGCGCCGACCUGCGCCACGGGCUACCAGGUGUGCUGGCGCCGCGCCGGUGCAGUCGAGGCCGCAGCAUGCGCCCGCACCGCAGGGGAGGUGUUCGCCCUCGAGGGGCGGCUGGACUGCGAAGUGUACGAGGCGAGUGUGAGGACCGUGUCCAUCGACGGCUCGCUGUCCGCCGCCGUCAACGCCAGCCUGGACCUGGCCGUUCCAAGCAAGGUGGAGAACCUCGCGGUGGCCGCCGGGAACUCCUGUCAGUCCGUGGCCGUCGAGUGGGAACCACCCUCGUCCAACGCCGACUGCGUGAGCUGGUACCAGGUGUGCUGGGGCGAGGCUUCUUCGGCGAACCGCUCGUGCAUCCAGGUGCCGUACGACGAUAUAGACAUGGCCAUCUCCGGUCUGGAGAGGCGCAGCCGCUAUGAGGUGUCCCUGGCAGCCGUGGGGCCGACGGGAGAGCUCUCCGAGGAGAGCUACAUCGAGGCGGACACCGGUCCGGCGGCGGUGGAGGAGCUGACCCUGACCGGCAGCACGGAGACGUCUAUGUUGGUCUCCUGGAGGAACCCGCUGGCCAACGCCGAGUGCGCCGAGGAGGUGGUGGUCUCGUGGCGGCCCCAAAACGCCGACGCCCAGCAGCUAGGAGGCUGGAACUCGACCAGGGUGCCGGCCUCCGGGACGGAGUUCAAUGUCACCGGGCUGGCCCCAUGCUCCAACUACAGCGUGUCCGUCGCGGUCAACGCCGGCGGCGGCGUGGUGUCCGCGAACAACACGGUCCUGCUGCACACUGCGUACGAGAGUCCGGCGGCCGUGUCCCGCCUGAGCCUGCGGACGGGCGGCUCCCCGGCGGCGGAGCUGAGCUGGGACCCGCCGCGCCAGCCCGCCGCCUGCGUGCGCGGCCACCAGGUGUGCUGGCGCGCCGCCCCCUCUCCCCUGGCCUCCGCGAGGUGCGCUGUCGUGGCCGCCCCUGCGUCCUCCUACUCGCUGGGCGGGCUGCCGGCCUGCGAGCAGUACGUCCUCGCCGUCAGCAGCCUGGGCGCCGGAGGCCUGCUGUCCGCCGCCGCGUACGUCGACCUGGACCUCGCGACCCCCGGCGAGGUGAGCGCCCUGGCGGUCGAGAACCGCACCGCCGACUCGCUGGCGGUGGGCUGGGGCGCGCCGCUGUGGAACGCGGAGUGCGCGCGCGGCUACGAGGUGUGCGUCGCCGCCGCGGGAGGCGCUGGCGUCUGCGAGAAGACCGGCGCCGCGGAGAAGGAGCGCAGGUUGGCAGGCCUGCAGCCGGGCAGCGGGUACACGGUGACUGUGACGGCGCUGGGGCAGGCAGGGCAGAGGUCUGCCCCCAGGAGCCUUCAGGCCACCACAGACGAGGCGACCGGUAACGGCGGGGCGCGCCCGACGACCGCCGCGUGGUCCCUCGGCGUGCUGGCCUGCGCCUGGGCACACCUCCUGGGACUGCGCGCGCGGACACGCCUCUGAUCCGCGACCCCGUCGCGCGCGUGGUUCCGGCAGGAGUCAGUUCCUGCACCCGCGACACUCUUGAAUUUAGUUUACACUGUUCUGUUAGUAAAAAUAAUAUAAAAGAAAAAUAGUAAUACAUAUACAUAUAUAUAUAUAUAUAUAUAUAUAUAUAUAUCACCUAAGAAUGCAACAGUUGAAACAGUUUUAAAUUAUCGGCCCAAGAAUACAAUUAUUUUCUUCCAUAACAAUAAUAGGCUUGGUUGAGAAAAGUAGAGCCAUGCAACUGAUUAACGUGUAAUUUUCAUUGCACCAAAAACUUUUUUUUUAUGGUUUGGCUGACGCUAACUAUAAACGUGUAGUAUCAUCACAGAGUGCAAA